AUGUCAACAACAGCACCCACCUCCCCGGCCGUCGUCCGCACGCCUUCUUCACGGCAGCAGCAGACCUUCAGCAGCCCCGUCGACCGGCCGCAUCGCACUCAGUCGACAGCCAGCAGAUCUGCCGCGCAGCCACCAGCUUCCCCUCACCGCUCCCUCUCGCAGUCCCAGCAAGCGCGCGGAUCCUCGACCUCGCAGCAACGAGGCGACUUGAUCAACGUCGCCCGAAGGGAUUUCGAGCAGAGCAAUGUAGCUCAGCCGCCCGCCUCACGUCGCAGCUCGUCUCGGGACCCACCCGUUGCACCGACGCCCACUCGCGCUGACUCGAUGCGGAGUCACCACCGGAACACAUCGAGGUCGGGGCCUCCCCGCUAUGCGGAAGCGGUGGCUGCCGCUCCAGCCAACAUAAACGGGGUCGCAGCAGAGAGCGGAAAGAGACCCGCUACUGGGACUAGUGGAAGCCAGCAGGGGCGACGGAGAACCACCAUUGAUGCAACCACCGGUCAAUGGCAUCUCGGCAAGACAAUCGGCGCUGGAAGCAUGGGUAAAGUCAAGCUGGCGAGGAAUCUAGAGACCGGAGAGCAGGUCGCUGUCAAGAUCGUUCCUCGACAAUCAACCGACGAACACCGUAGUGAACAAGACCGGCAAAGAGCCGACCACUCCAAAGAGGUCCGAACUGCCAGAGAGGCGGCCAUCGUCAGUCUGGUCAAUCACCCAUACAUAUGCGGGAUGCGUGACUUUGUCCGGACAAACUACCACUGGUACAUGCUUUUCGAGUAUGUAAAUGGGGGCCAGAUGCUUGACUACAUCAUCUCCCAUGGACGGCUAAAGGAGAAACAAGCGCGAAAAUUCGGACGCCAGAUUGCAAGUGCAUUAGACUACUGUCACCGCAACAGCAUAGUGCACAGAGACCUUAAGAUCGAGAACAUCCUCAUCAGCAAGACCGGAGACAUCAAGAUCAUUGAUUUUGGCUUGAGCAAUCUGUUCGCUCCGAAAAGCUAUCUCAAGACAUUCUGCGGGAGCCUAUACUUUGCGGCCCCAGAGCUGUUACAGGCGAAGCAAUACACGGGACCAGAAGUGGACGUGUGGAGCUUUGGAAUCGUCCUAUACGUGCUUGUCUGUGGCAAAGUCCCGUUUGACGACCAAAGCAUGCCGCAGCUGCACGCUAAAAUCAAGAAAGGCGUCGUUGAUUACCCGCCCUGGUUGUCUGCUGAAUGCAAGAAUCUCAUAUCGAGGAUGCUUGUCACAGACCCACGGCAGAGAGCGACCCUGAGUGAGAUCAUGAGUCAUCCGUGGAUUACCAAGGGCUUUAACGUACCGCCCGAGAACUACCUACCUGCUCGCGAACCGUUACGGCUACCUCUGGAUCCCAAAGUCAUUGAAGGAAUGCACGGGUUCGAUUUUGGCACGCCUGACUACAUCGCCGCCAAACUGACAGAACUGCUUACGUCGGAAGAAUACCAGCAUGCGGUACGUGCGCUUGCGCGAAAAAACCAGGCACAGACUCCCGAAACGGACCGCAAAAGAGGCGUCUUCGACUUUUACAAGCGGCGGAACUCGACGACGAGCAGAGACACCCUGACUGGCCCCUCGGCGGAAGCUGUCCAGUUAGGAGCCGAUCCAGUAAACGCUUACCACCCCCUGAUAUCGGUAUAUUACCUUGUCCGGGAAAAGCAGGAACGGGAGAGAAUUGAGCCGAACCCUGGAGCUUUAGCAUUGCCGAAGACAGCACCAAACGAAAAGCCGUUCAAGUUACCCGACCUUCAGGCGCCUGCAGCGGCAUACACCAAUGCGUCUGCCUACGAGAUGCCAGGCGAGAGGCCUACAGGUGGCCGGUCCAGGCCGAGAGCCAGAACACAUGGCGAAGAUGAGAUAGUUGAAGGUGUGCAGAGACUGAAGAUCGAUGCAGCGGGCGGCCCGGUUUCGCCAGCACUUGUCACGCCGCCAAGCGAGCAGACACCUGCCAAGAAGGAAAGUGCUGCCGCGGGCUUGCUACGCCGCUUCAGCACUCGUAGACACAAAGAUCCUGAACGGGAGAGGGCCAGCAAUCUCACUCCUCCCGCCCUCGCCGUUUCUGGGCCAGGCGACGGUGCUGGAACGGCCGCUGCGCCGCCUCGGAAAAGCUUUAGCGUUCGCAGGACCCGGGAGAGAUCAGUGCCGCCAUCGACGAACCUGCAGCCAGAAGAAGUGCCGCAGAACGAAUCGGGGCUCUUAUCACCGCCCGGCGCAGGAGCGAGCGCGGCUCGGAAGCUCAAAGGUCUUGGCAGAUCAGCAAGCGUCAACUCGGCGGAACUACGGAGGCGAAUAUCACGACGAGGCACAUCCGAAGGCUCACCCCGUCCACCACCACCUACGAGCGGUUCCGAUAGGUCAGACACUCGCGACGAGCUGUUCAGACCAGACGAAGCGGUAUCGGACGAUCAACAAGGCAGUACCAGAAGCCGUGGUCCGACUUCGCGAGCCAAAUCGCUCGGCCAUGCGCGCCGUGAGAGCAUACAAGCACGACGCGCACGCCGGGAGCAAGCCAAGGAGCUGGGCGUCCCAGAGGAGACGGACCAGGAAUUGGCUACAGAGGCCGAAGCAGGGGAAACGACGAGUCCGGAGAACAUGAAGCCAGUCUUUCUCAAGGGCCUCUUCAGCGUCUCGACAACAAGCAACAAACCUCUCACAUUUAUCCGACAAGACAUCAUCAGAGUCUUGCGGCAGCUGGGUGUGGAGUACUCGGAGAUCAAGGGCGGGUUCAACUGCCGUCACAGUCCGAGCAUAGACCUCAACAAAGUCACGGAAAUCCCUCCGGCAAGUCCCGGCCAGCCGCCCAGCAGCGGCAACCACCGACGAAAAAUCAGCUUCGGCGGAUUCAUGGGCGGAGACCGAGAACGGGAGGAGCUCAGGGAGCAGAGCCGGAAUCAAUCGACGCCACGGACCCAGCGCCAUCGCCAGACUCCAGAGCGGAGUUACACAAACUCCGAGGAGUCGGACGAGAGCGUUGGUCAGGAGAAUAUCCGCCGAAAUGAGGGCAGGUCGAGGGCGCCUGGCGAAACGACAACGCACGUUCAGAGCGACCUUGGGGGCAACAUGGUGCUGAAGUUUGAGAUCUUCAUCGUCAAGGUGCCGUUGCUCUCGUUGCACGGCAUCCAGUUCAAGAAGGUCGACGGAGGGACGUGGCAGUACAAGAACAUGGCGCAGAAGAUUCUGGACGAGCUGCGGUUGUAG